GCAAAUUCAACGGAAUAGCAACUGUAUAAAUCCAAAUCCAAAUGUUUUACAAAUGUGAUUAUUUUGACGUCUGAGGAGGUUCCUUGGUGAUCGUAAGGUCAAGGAAUCUGGGUAAAGAUGAAUCAUAUCUAAAUGAUGGCUGGACUUGAUGAACAGGAUGUGUAUGUGGCUCAACUGCGUGAAGUGUUUGACAGCUGCGACAAGUCUAACACAGGAUACAUAGACCGUAAAGAGCUAACUGAGCUCUGUCAGAAGUUGCAGCUUGCAGACCAAACAAAAGCUUUGCUUCAGAGACUCCUUGGCUCAGAUGAAAGUGGCAGAGUCAGCUUUGAUGAGUUUAAGGAGGGAUUUGUGAAUGUUCUGUCCGCUGCAGUGGAUGAUUUGGGGUCAUCCAGUGAAGAAGAUACAAGUUUUGUGGACAACCAGCAAGAGACGCCAAAGUAUGUGAAAGGCAAUAAAAAAUAUGGUAGGAGGUCAAAACCCGAUUUUAAAGGGGAAUCCACUGAGGCUGAUUUGACAACUGAUUUCUCAGAUACUGACUUCAGUUUUCAAUCACCAAGGAACACACCAAAACCUGCUGGUAUUCAAAAAAGGAAGAAGGAUCGCUUAUCUGCUAUUCAUAGUGAUGAAAGUUUGGAUUUGGAUGCUGAUGAAAGUAGUUCUGGUGACAGGUUAGAUGGAGAAAAAAGUUCCAAUACGGCAACAGGGAGUAAAAAGUCUCCACCAGUCAGCCGUGGAGAGACAUUUGAGGCUGAAGGUCAGAUGAACCAGUCCAUGACCCAGAUGGAAUAUGCCCUGGACCCUGUCUCUGAGGAAGAACACUUGAAACAGGUGUGGAGGGAGCUUAAGGUUGGGAGGGAUGGCUACUUGACUAUGCCAGAGUUAGCCAAAGUCUGCAGUCAUAUAGGCAUGGAAGAAACUACAGAUGAGGAAAUCCAGCAUUUAUUUGACAAGCUUGAUGUUGACCAGGAUGGAAAAGUGAGUUUCCAUGAAUUUCUCCAUGGUCUUUUCCAACAUGGCGGCCCUACAAUGCCCUCAACUCCAGUGCGCCCUCUAUCCUCCACCAGGAAGCCCAAGGUCAGCCUUCAGAUGAGCAUGAACCUUGAUGAAAGGACUCAGACGCCAUCUAUUCUGUCUGUUGGGGAAGGUGCUGGUAUAUUCUCCAGCCUGGAUCCAGAACUCACUGGGUAUGCAAAACCAGAUGCAAUUAUCGACUUAUGGGAAAAUCUUGGUAUUCCUAAUGGUGCAGAGAUUCUACAAGCCUUGGAGUUUGACUUGACACUAAAAGUGAAUCUCCAAGAACUGUCUUAUGUGUUAGAGCAGGAGCUACUCCAAGUAGAUGAACAGAAUGCCAUCUAUCAGGCUGCUAUGGCAACCUACCAGAAUGAACUAAAAUAUCUCAAGGAAAGUGUUCACACACUGAAGGCUGAGAAGGGCAAGCUGUCCAGAGAUCUCACUGAUGCUAACAAUAGAGUAGGAAUCCUUGUAAAAGAGGGAGAUGAACGCACAGCCAAUAUGGAACGUGCUAAGGAAAAGGAGUUAUUGUCUGUGGAACAGAAAUACCAAGAGCAAAUCAGAUCUCUUCAAAACGAGAUGGAGGAUGAGAGAGACAUUAUGAUGUCUCAAUCAGCUAAGCAGCGCCAGAAGCUAGAGAAAGACAUUGAGCGACUGAAAGAAUCUGAAAUUGUACUCAAGGAGAAGCUGCUGUACUCUGAAAAGGAGGGUGAGCGUCUAACUAAAGAUCUCAAAGUUCUUAGUGACAAAAUGACAGAAUAUGAUCGUGUAAUGAUACGACAAGCUAAGGAACUUGAGACUGCUGAAGAUUUACAUCGAAGACUUACAGAUAUGGAAUCUAGCCGGGAUAUUGCCAAUGAUGAACAUUAUAGAUUCAUACAACAAAAAUCAAAAACACUCGAGAGUGAAAACAAAGAACUAAAGGAUCGCAAUGAUGAAUUGACACUUGAAAAUGAGGCUGUAAAACAACAGCUAUCAACAGCUAAGAAGCGUGGUCGCAGGCGGACCCAGGAGAUAAAACGAGGAUCGGGUUCCGUGCUGUCGGAUUAUCAAAAACCGGCAUUACUCAAAAGAAGAGGAAGUGGAUUAUCUUCAUCAGGUACGUCAGAGGAUGAUGAUCCCACAGCAGGACUUGGUACACCUACGAGGACACGCAGGAAGCUCCCUAAGGUUGGAGUGAAACAUGGCGGAGCUGGCGACAUGGCCAGUGAUGAUGAAGUAUCUGUGAUAGAGAAAGUGAAAUCUCAACUAGAAACCCAGCAAAAAGAACAUGACAAGAAAGUUGAAGAUUUACAGAAGAUGUUUGAUUCUGAGAAACGAGACAUUGAAGAGGCAUUCAAACAAGAGGUCAUGGAAUUAGAAAAAUCCCAUGCAGAAGAAAAGAUGGCGCUGGAGAAUACUUUUGCUGCUGAAAAGGAAAAGUUGAGCCUUGCUCAUGAGGAACAAAUUCACAGGGAAAAAUCAGCCAUUCAGGAUGAGUUGGAACAGAAGUUUGCUUUGGAAAAGGUUCAAUUGACUCAAAGAAUUGAAUCUGAGGAAUCAACUCGUCAAAGUGCUGAGUAUGAGGAGCGUCUUGAGAAGUUGCAUAAUGACUUGGAGGCUGAGUUUGAAAAAGAACGUAACGCAAUCAAGGAACGAUACCAGCAAGAGGUUGGGGAACUGGAAGAGAAACAUAGGAUGGAAAUGAAGGAUUAUGAUUCAAUGUUUAGUAAGGGUGAAGCAUCACUGAAGGGUCAGCUGAAGGAAGACUUCUACUCCAUACUGGAGAAACAAAAGGCUGAGUGGUUGGCCAGUGAACAAGCUGCUCUGGUUGCUAAACAUGAAGAGGAGGUGGCAAGAAUAUGUCAAGAGUACACUGCAGAGAAGUUAGAGAUAGAAGCACAGUAUAAGAGAUUCAUAGAUGACAUGGACCAGAACUAUGUACACGACCAGGACAGCUAUGAGCAUGAGAUGAGGGAGAAAAUGGAGGAUGAGAUGUUUGACCAAAUGGAAAGAUUGAAGAGUGCAUUUGAUGAGGAAAGGCAUAUGUUGGAGGACAAGAGUCGCAUGUUAGAGGAGGAAAUACUUGAACUUCAGCAGCAGUUGGAGGGGGGAGAUGGGUACAAACAGAAGGUGGAAGAGCUAAACAGAAACCUUGCUAAUGUUAAAGAUGCCAAGCGAAAAGCUGAUGACACGAUUGAAGCUCUGAACAGCAGGUUAAAACGUGCCUUGGAGGAGAACAAUACAACACGGGAGAACCUAGAGGAGCAGAUCGAACAACUACAAGUGGAGAAAAAUGAAUCUAUACACGUAGUAAAACAGGAGGGCUUACAAGCAACCAACAAGCAAAAGAUGGAAGCAGAGAAGCUAUUGCAUGAAAAGAAAGACUUAGAACGUACAGUGAACAAUUUGCGUGAAGAAAUAAUGGAAGCGAAAUCUCAGUCACAAGUGGCUGACCAUUAUAAGCACCAGUAUGAACAAGCUUUAAAUGACAAACAAGCACUGCAGAGGUCUCUGAAUGCAACUAAGUCUGAACUGAAUGAAUCACUGAAUGAAUCUCUAAAGGUUCAAUAUUUACAGACAAAGCUAGAUGGCUGGGAACAGGAGAAGGCAGCCUUAGAAGACCAGCUGUCAAGUGCAAAAGACAAUCUUGCCAAAGUGAAUGCAAGUAUGUCUAUGGCUGAAUCACAACAUAUGCGUGAGGUGCAGUGCCUGAGGGAGGAGACUGAGGGACGAGUUGAUAUGACGCGCUAUAACAAUCUCAACAUAGCCUUACUUGAGGAACAGAAGAAGCGAAAAGAAGUAGAAGAGAUAUGCCAAGUUCGCCUUGCUGAGACAAACAAACUUUUAUCAAAUGCUCAUGAUGACCAUAGAAAAGCUUUUGAAGACCUCCAACAGGACAAGGCAGAGGUUUCUAGGAAGCUUAAUAAUACAAGACAGUUGCUCAACGAGCAGAUGGAGAGGCUCAGGAAGCAGUUACAACACAGUGCCAAAUCUGAUCUCUUAGUAAAAGACUUAUAUAGUGAAAAUUCUGAACUGAUGGAGGCAUUAUAUCACACAGAACAGAGACAAAAAUUAGCUGAAAAACAAGUAUAUGAACUUCUAGAACAAAAUAAGGCUUAUGCUAAAGUGAUGAACAAAGUUGGACGGGCAGCAAUGGGAUGAUGACAACAAACCUAGUACACUGAAUGUUAAUUUAUAGAAAAUGAUGUAGAUUCUUACUAGUCAUUAUGAGUCAUCAUAUUAAACAGUUACAGACUAUGAUGAAUUGGAUCAUGAAGACAUAGGAACUAUACUACUACAGACAUAUGUAUGCAAAUUCCACAAGCACUGCUCUGCAAAUAGGAACAAAUUAUGUAUACAUGUACAGGGUGGUCCAAAAAUGGAAACCCUGCAUUUUUCUCAUAUCUUUGUCAUUUUACAAAAUUACUCCCUGAUAUUUCCUACCACCCUACCAUAUUUCAUGACAAUCAGACUGAUAGUCACAAUUUUACAGCACUUUGA